AUGCCAUCCUCCAAAAUUCAGCACCGACAGCGAGAGAAAAACCCUCUUCAUCCUCCUCCGGUAUUUUGGGAUAGAUUAACUAGGAUACGAUUGACCAAGGGCGCGUUGAGAGAAGUUAAUCGCAGAAAUAAUCUCUUCUCUCCAAACCGGGGCUCCCGUUCUUUCUCUCAUACUUUUGCUUCUGAAUUUCUGCGUAACUGCUCUGCUGCUUGUUUGCGGGAGAUUAGAAAACUUUCCCACCGUGGAGGGCCGGAUCUAUCUGAUAUUAGAAACUAUCCGGAACCACCCCACUGCUACCAGAUCUCCAUGAGUCCUACAAAGACUAGCUCGAGACGCUCUCCUAGGGAUAAGGCGGCUGAGCACACGACGAAUUAUGACGAGAAUUUUCAGGAUCAUCUAAUCAGCCAUGGUGUUUAUCCUCCAUUCUCUAGAUACCCCGAUAGUACUGGGCUAUCCAAACCAGGGAACUUUGCAGACAUCCAGAGGAGAUUACUGAUUCGUCGACCUUCACUUAUGUUGCCACCAGACUCCUUGGAAAAGGAAUAUUCAGAAUUCGCGACAAUUAAUGCAGAGGCUGGUGAGAAACAACUCGUCAUGAAGGAAAUACUUCCUAUUCUUGAAGGCAAGAAACCCCCAUUUACUCGAACUGGUGGUGGAUAUCCAUUUAAGAAUCUUGCUCCUUUAACUGACGGCACCCUGCCCUCUGCUAUACCCGACUUUUACCACGGCGCAGCCCCAAACCAGCUAAACCCUGUCAUCCGGAAGCAGCUGAGUGACCAGAUUAUCCCAUCAAAGCAGAGCAACCGUCCAAUGGCUCCAAAUUUUUUUAUUGAAGUCAAAGGUCAUGCUGGAUCAAUGCUUGCGGCAAGAGGCAAGGCCUGCUAUGAUGGUGCUCUAGGGGCACGGGCUAUGCAUUCUCUCCAGCAAUUUGGGAAUGAGAGUAGCACCAACAUGCCAGCCAAUUACGAUGGUAAUGCCUAUACUAUGAUUUCUGUCUACCAAUCUGGAUUCCUCAGUAUAUACGCGACCCAUCCUACGAGCUCUAGGUCUAAUAGCCCAGACAAUCACCCCGAUUAUGUGAUGACCCAACUUGGACAAUGGGCAUUAUCUGGCGACCCAGAGACCUUUCAGCAAGGUAUAACUGCUUAUCGAAAUGCUCGGGACCUGGCUCAAGAACAGAGAAACGAGUUCAUCAAGCAGGCGAAUGAACGGUAUGCGUCUGCUGCGGGCGGUUUUGAUGAAGAAUACUCCGUAGGCAGUGAGUGUACGGAGUACGGCAAGCCAAUACCGCCAAUUAGCUUGCCGUAGUGAGUGGUAUCUGACAAAGGUGGGAAAGGUAGUUAGCUAACUGAUGAAUAGUAAAGACUAUUUACGGCGCUGAAUUGUGUAUCAUCUGGGUAAGAAGCGGAUUUCGUGAUUUCGUUGGCGUGCGAGGGAUGAUAGGAUUGAGC